AUGGAUUGUAUAUUUCGACAUGAAUUUUUCGAUCGUCCGGUUGCUUUAACUGGUGAUAGUGGUGGUCUUUAUCGGCCACAAGAAAAAUAUUCUGUUAGUGAUUAUAUAGAAGAAUUGUUUCCUUCACAUGUUCGUCAUACAUCGUUACCAACAGUUAGUUCUGGCCACAUGAUUUUUGAAGGCUCAGAAUUAUUGAAAAAUACAAUUCCAUCAAUAGCAACAACAUAUG